AUGUUCGAGCGAGCCGGCUCGGCGCUCGAAAUCCUGCGGAGGCUUUCCGAGGCGCUGGGCUCAAACGACCCGGCGCGGCGCCACGGCGGGCUUGCGCUGGUCAACGAGCUGGUCGAUGUCAACGAGUGGUCUCGCGUCGGCACCGGAGCCGCUCGCUUCUGCCGGCUGCUACGGGCAGCGCCCGACGAGAUCGCGCUCGCUGUCCGCACCCUCGGCCACGCCCUGCGCUCGGCGGGCGCCGCUGCGACUGACGCGACCGACGCAGAGCUGUCGCGAGCUCUCGAGUGGCUGCACGCAGAGACGCCUGCGGCGGCGAGCCGCUCGCACCGCCGCCUCUCCUCCUGCCUGAUUGUCACCGAGCUCGCCAUGCGGAGCGGGCCGCAGGCCGCCUCGGCGGACCCGCUCUCCGAGACGCGCAUCGCAGCCAUCGGCAUGCUCCGCUCCUGCCUCGCCAUCGUCUCGCAGCGCGAAGGCGGGCUCGGCGCCUGGUACGAGGCUGCCCUCAGCCGCUCCCUCGCGGGGAUCCAAAGCUACCACCCCGAGGCCGCCGCCGCCGACUCGCCCUCCUCCUCCGCCUCCUCCUCCGCCCCUCGGCCGAUCGAGGAGGGCGGCGGCAGCAGCGGGCUCGACGAGGCGCACGGCUGCCUCUGCGCGCUGAUUAUCACAAAGGCGGAGGGCCUCGGGCAGCUUCACUGA